AGUGCACACUAAUUACAAGAUCUGUCUUUGCUUGAGGCCAGAGUUCUUUCUGUACAGACUUGUCAGUUUUUGCCAGUGAAAACAUGUCAGUCCAUUACGCAAUGUCAAGGCAGUCUGGAUCUCUUAGAGGUCCAGGUAGUCUACGGAUCUCUCAGAUUUCCUCUACAUCUGCCCCUGUUGUCCGCAAAGCUUAUAGUGUAUAUGCAGGAACAGGUGGCCGAACUCUUGCUUCAGGGCCAGCAUAUGGUAGCAGCAGCCUAGUAUCAUCAUCAUUUACUGGUCUGGGGUCUGCAGCAGGUGGUUUGGGCGGAGGUCAUGGGGCUGGUGCGGGUUUUGGUAGUUUUGCUGCAGCCUUGGCUGGUGCAGGUGAUGGUGGCUUUCUCAGUGGAAAUGAAAAGGCAACCAUGCAAAACCUGAAUGACCGUUUGGCUUCCUACCUGGAUAAGGUGCGCAGCCUAGAGAAUGCCAACCUUGAACUGGAGGUAAAGAUCAAAGAACAUUAUCUCAAACAAUCUCAGAGUGGAGAAGGAACAGGCCAUGACUACAGUCACUAUGAAAAGACAAUCGAUGACCUGAAGGAUAAGGUCGUAAAUGCAACUGUUGAAAAUGCCAGCAUUGUGUUGGGUAUUGACAAUGCUAAACUGGCUGCUGAUGACUUCCGACAAAAGUUUGAGAAUGAGCAGGCCAUGAGAUUAAGCGUUGAAGCAGAUAUAAAUGGUAUGCGUAAAAUCUUGGAUGACCUGACCUUGGCCAGGGCUGAGCUGGAAUUAAACAUUGAAGGUGUCAGAGAAGAACUUGCUUACCUGAAGAAGAACCAUGCAGAGGAAAUAGACUCAGUGCGUUCGCAGAUGGGUGGUCAAGUCAAUGUAGAGAUUGAUGCGGCUCCAACUGUUGACCUGACAAAAACACUGGAAGAGAUGAGAGCUCAGUAUACCGCUGUGGUAGAGAAGAAUAAAGCUGAGGCUGAAGCAUGGUUCAAAGACAAGGCUGCAGAUCUGAGUAAGGAAGUGUCUACAGGCACAGAAUUAUUGCAGACACACAAGACAGAGAUAACAGAACUGAGACGCACUUUACAGGGACUAGAAAUUGAGCUUCAGUCUCAGCUUGCUAUGAAAUUUUCUUUAGAAAACACAUUAUCUGAAACAGAAGGCCGCUAUGUUGCAAUGUUGCAGAAUAUCCAAUCAGCCAUCCAUGAUAUUGAAGAAAAUCUAUCUCAACUGCGGGCAGAAAUUGAGCGUCAGUCACUGGACUACCAGAUGCUCCUUGAUGUCAAAACGAGACUGGAAAAGGAGAUUACUCAAUAUCGCAUACUACUGGAAGGAGAGGAGGGCAGAAGCCACAGCAGUACCACAAUAUCAUCAGGUCCACAGACAAGUGUGCAAAUCAAAACAAUUGUAGAAGAGUACAAGGAUGGAAAGAAGGUCUCGGUGAAGGAGGAGAAGCAUGGACAUCUGUGAAACAAUGAAAACUCUUGUAGACCCACUUUACAUCCAAGAGGCAAAGAACAUCAUGUGGACACGUUGAGAUUGUACUAGAAAUUGAAAUCAGUGGAUGGAAUGUAACUAGGAAAUGUAAAUAUUUCCCAUCUCCAAAGACCACAAAAAACAUUAACUAAGAUUCAGUGAACCAUAUCAGUCAGUCUUGUCUUAAGGCCUUACCUUGGUGUCUUGCCUGGCUUAAGGGUAAAUAACACAGUAGGAAACUUGGGACUAAUCCUCUCUCUUGAUGAAUUGAGUAAUAAAAAGAUUUUCAGAACAGUAUUUAUAGAAUAAAGCAACAGAUAAGAUGCUCCUAACUUUUAAGUAAUAUACUCUGUGGGAAAUAAGGCAAUCAGUAGUUGUUAAUUCUGUAUAGUAUUCUCUUAACAUAGUCAAAAGUGGGUCUACCUAAAUGUCCAGCUUAAUUAUAAUUCAUUUUGUUCUGUUUUUAUACCAGUCUAAUGUUUGCAUUUUCUUGCAUCACUGUGAGUUAUGUAAUACAACCAAAUGUGUAACUUGGCUCACUUCAAAUGUUUAAUAAAGCAAAUUUUCUUUGGCACUUCA